AUGGCUUGGGGUCAGCUUGCUAGAAGACCCGCUAUAGGGCUUCUGUCUCGUGCUCAGCAACUAGCUGCUCAAGGGUUUACUUCUGCGAUGUUCCACAUUAAUCCGUUGAGCGAUCAUCUUCCACAAGAUGGCAUGUUUCAUAGGAGCUUUAGCUCUGCGGUGCCUCCUUCGGAGCAAAUGAACCUUAUUAAGCAACUCCGAGAAAGAACGUGUGCUCCGAUCAAAGAUGUCAAGGCUUCGCUAGUUAGUUGCAACUGGGAUAUUGAGGCUGCACAGGUGGAUCUAAGGAAAAGAGGGGUGAUUCUUGCUGCCAAAAAGUCAUCACGGACUGCUGCCGAUGGUUUGCUUGCUAUGGCAGGAGAUGAUAAAAGAGCUGUUGUGGUUGAGCUAAACUGUGAGACCGACUUUGUGGCAAGAAAUGACGUUUUCCAGUAUCUGGCUUCAUCCUUGGCAAAGAUGGCUCUGUCAGCUCAGGAUCCCGGGAAAUCAGUUUUUCCUUUUAGUCCUGCAUAUUUGGAGAGCAUGAGUAUUAACCUAGAUCAUCCUAAACUCAGUGGUGAAACAACUGUUCGGAAUGCUGUUACGGAAGUUGCUGCCAUGGUUGGGGAGAACGUAAAACUUAGAAGAGGUUUCAUGUUGUCCACGACUGCACAUGGUGUUGUUUCAUCUUAUCUGCAUACCUGUCCUCAGCCAGAUCUGGGUCGCGUUGCUGGAUUGGUCACUUUAGAAGCAGAAGAUAGCAGUGCUCCCCUUGACGCUCUCAAGAGAGUUGGGUCAUCUAUCGCAAUGCAUAUUGUUGCAGCAAGGCCAUUAUUCUUAUCAAAGGAACUGGUUUCUGCUGCAGCUGUGGAAAAUGAACGUGAUGUGCUCCGAACUCAGGCUGAAAGAUCAGGUAAACCCCAAAUGGCCAUAGAGAAAAUGGUGGAAGGCCGAUUGAGGAAGUAUUUCGAAGAAGCUGUGCUUUUGGAGCAAAAGUACGUCGUUAAUGACAGCACAAACAUUAAGACGCUGCUGAGUGAUUUGUCCAAGGAGGUUGGCUGUAAAGUAACGAUUGGCAACUUUGCCAGAAUGGAAGUCGGGGAAGGAAUCGAGAGACCUGAAGAAUGA